AAAACACGGAAAGAGAGAAACUGAGCUUAAUUUUGGACGAAUCAAAGAGUACUGCAAAAACUUGUGUUGCUAACUCUGUCUACGUACGGCUCUCAGUGAAGGCUUGUUACUAUGGGAACGGGAGACUCCUGCUGGCGCUGCUGUAAUCAGUGCAAAGUUUGCCAAAGUCUUCAUAAUAAUAAUAAUAAUAAUCGGGACUGCAUCAACAACAGUAUUAAUAAAAAAUAAUUAAAUAAUAAUCCAUUAUUAAAAUAUUAUGUUUUUAGAAAUUUUUAUGUCUUUCACAUGAACGCCUAUUUUAAUAUGUUUAACUUCCCUCAGGCAGGCUCAGUGUCAUUAGGAAAAGGAUACAUCGUCUAAAGAACAUUCUCAAGAGCUGUGGACAUGCAGCUAUCAUGUGAUUACUCACAUGCCAAUGCCAAGCAAUGCCAAACUGUAAAUACACACUGAAGGCACUUUAUCUAAGCUGCAGGACCAGUUAGUUUUAAUGCUAUUAUUGUCUUUCAUUUGAAUGUAUGUUUUAGUGCUUCAUUUUAUUAUUUUAUGCAAUCCUUUUAUUGCUAAUUUAUUUAUAUAUGCUAUUUUAAAGCUGCUAAGAUCAACAGUUUGAUCUAAAUCUAAUCUAUCUUUGUGUUGCAGUAAUAGUUGAAGUUGAAGAUAUUAAAGCAAUUAAGUUGAGGCACUGUAAGGUCUCAAAGAGCUUGAAAGUGCAAGUGUCAGUGCCAGCUAAAGUGAAAGUGCUUAUUAUUGGAAAUGAAGAGUCAGUCGCAGUGUAAGAGCUAAAAAUAAGUGAAAUGUCAGUUGAAUGCUGGGUGAUAUAAGAAGGAUGGGUCAGAUGAAAAGCAAAUCCAAGUCAGUCAGUUCAUCUGUGAGUUAAGAGUACAACUUAAGUUUAAGCACUACAAAAACAAUUGAGGCAUCCCAUGAAUUAUGACUCCUGAUUCAUUUCUAUGUUAAGAACGUUUUAUAAAAAGUGUAAAAGAUAUCAAAGUUUUGAAUAGAAGCACACAUCACCCAAAUAAGCUGAACGUGUUGAACUUUGAAUUAGGUUUCUUUUACAAAGUGUAAGUUGGAGAGGGUGGAAAAAAUGUCCAGGACAAUUAUAAAAAAUAAUAAAGAUAUAAAUAGGAGUUCAACAGUGUGUUUCCCUGAAGUGAUAACAGUAUACACUUUUAUAUAAAUAACUGUCAAAGAAAACAUGUAGCUCUCAAAUGCAAGUUUAGAUUGUUAUGUAGGUUUUAUUUAUCUUGUGCAGUGAGAUUCAGUGGAUACCUAAAUUGUGAAUGAGAUUUGCUUUUCAAAAGAUAUCUUGUUAUGAUCUGUAGCUGCACACAGUAGGACAUAAUUCAAAUUAUUCAAAUCACAUACUCUGGUGAAAAUAUGCACACACAAAUCUAAAAGUAUGUGACAAAUGAGCUUUAAAUGAUUUCUUACAGUACCUCCUACAGCCCACAACUAACAUAAACUACAGUAUUAUCAAUAGAAGACUUGCACAUUUGCAGGAGCGUUCUCCACACACAGAAUACCUUAAAACGCAUUAAGUGAAAUGAUUUAUGUACAAGUAUAAGGUUCCCUACUGAAAGAUUACAGGCCAAAACAGGCCCUGUAAUGUGAAAAAAUACAGUUGGGAUUUAUGCCCGCUGAGCACUGGGAGGCACAGUGCAUUGCUGAGUGCAGGCCAAAUGCUCUGGGGCAACCACUGAAAAGACAACAUGGUUUCUUCUCUUCUCUUCUUUUUCUUUUUUUGACUAAACACAACUUCAGUCAAAUGUAUUUUAUCAUCAUUAUGCUUAGCUUAGUCAUGCAAUCUCACUGAUGCAAGACAUAACAGUUUAGACUUCUGGAAAAGGCCCAGGUCAACAGUUCUAGCUUUCUGAAGUUUCUUAGUGCCAUAUUUCAGAAGCUUUCAUACUGGACCAUGUCCCCCUUUAAAACCCUCUGUCCAAGCAGCCACUGUAAAGUUUCCACUCUCUGUUGGUGGCCCAUCUGCUGUAUUGUCUCAGUUGGUAACUACUAUGUCUGUCACUCACUGGAGAAUAAUGGAACACCAUGACUACUGCAGUAAACAAGCUUUAAGUAGCACUGUACACAGCCAUAGAAAUGAAGACAGUAUAGGGGAAAACUGCAGAAAUACCACAACCUGUGUUUUUUUCUACAUGUAAGCAUUUGUUGUGCCAGAAACCAAAAGAGACAGAGCUGCUGGUGAUGCCAGUGAGCCAACGGCACAGUCAGGAGGCAACAGACAAAAUGUUCAUCAGAAAUGCCAACCUACGACACCCCAGUCGCUACCAUGAAUUAUUUCUGCCUAGUCGACCCUACAGAGGGGAACCACCGACGGUGGCAGGAUUUCUCCUCUACCCAGACACUCCUGCUAAAAUGGAGACCACAUCGCGAGAAGCUUUCUGCUUUAGACCCGUCCCACAACAAGACAGAGGCAAAGGAGACCGUGUCACCCAGAACACAAAGCAGGAGUCCCAUCGUUCUCCUCCCACGUCCUCGAGACAAACAGGAGGAGGAAACAGCAGCAGGGACGGGGGACCAGGGGAGGACGAACAAGGAGGAAUCUGUCGUCAGACGACUGCAGUGAAAAAUGAACAAGAUACAACAGGGAUGCAGUCUCAGUAUCAGAAGGAUUUCCCUCCUCCGUCCUCCUGCCGCAGGAGGCGAACACCUGCCUUCCCACAACCGGACAACAUCGGCAUCAACCCCGCCUUCAGGAUCGAUUUUAGCACGGUCCAAAAAGAGACUUACCCGGGCUGGCCCAUCAGAAACCCCAGGUGUGCUGGCAGGCUGGCAGCGGCCUCGUCCGGACAACCAAACCUGGCUUCUGAGUGAUAGCCUUCAUCAGCUUACACGUGCACACAAGUGUUUGUCACACCUCCUCACCUCAGACUGCUGUGACAUGCCACCCUGCUCAUCUUUGGCUGUAAAAAAUGAAAAUUUAAUUACAGUAUAAAUUAAUAAAUGUCAAAAUAAUGUCUCUUACUUUUACAGACUUUCUAAUUCAAUCACAUCAACCCUUGCUUGUUAUAAUCAUACAACACAGUGCACAGUAAUAAACAUUUUAUAAACCAGUGAA